AUGAAAUACCUUGCAACACUGUUCCUAGCAAAAAGUGCGAUUGCCUUUCAAACGGUCGUGCCUCAUCCACAUCAACGACAUGCUGCCGUAUCGCCCUUCUUCUUGCCCCAAAAUCCACUGCUGCUGUUGCAAAUGACAAUGGACGGCGGGGAUGCUCCAUCCGAUAUGGACGAUUCCGCUUACGACUCGCGGCAAGAUGUAUUGGAUGUCGCUAGAAGUCUCAAGGACAAGUUUGGACCACUGAUAAUAGACAGCAAGGCGCAAGAGAAGCUCAAGAGCGUAGUGAAAGAGUUGGAGAAGAACUCCGAGCCACCCAUUGACACCAAAGGAAUGAUUGGAGAUUGGACACUCCUGUGUUCGACCGCGUCUACAAACAAGCUCAUGGGAAUUGAUACCAGCAAUUUGCCAUUCUUCAAUGCGGGCAUUGUCAAGGAUAUUCGCAACACGCUCAACAAGUCCUUGGUGGUCCAACAAAAGAUCAAGGGGUCUCCCUCCUUCUCUGGAAGAGGAAUUACAAGAGUGGAUCAUGUCAUUCAAUACAUGCCACCCAAUGAACUGUCAGAAUUUAGUUCGAUGCUUCCCGAUGCCUUGCAAUCUUUGAACAUUAAUCCUCUCGAAGUCACCAACCAGCAGGUAGUUCUGGUCCACAAGGCAGAGGUGGAAUCUACCAUUCCAUUCAUCAAGACCAAGUUGGCGCUCGAAAGCAUUGUUUUGAAUAUUGCAGGCAAGUCCCAAUAUUUGGAACCAGAUGGUGCCGAUUUGCUGGGAGUCAACGUUCCCUUUGGUGAAUUCCUCAAUGCGGGAUCUUUUGAGACCACUUAUUUGGAUGACGAACUUCGCAUCAGUCGAAGCAAGGUGGGUGUUGUCGAUCAACUCAGAGUAUUUAUCAAGGUACCAUCCACAGAAGAGGUCGUCAAGGAGAUUGAAGAAGCUGUGGAAACUGCCUCCAUGGAGCAGGCGAGCGAUGCGGCUGUGGAACAGCUCGCUGCAAUGGACGCCCCAUCCGAUGUGGAAGAGGAAAACGACGACAAAGACUACGAUAACGACUUCGACAAGAACGACGACGACACCGAUGAUAACGAACCUGACGACAAAGACUACGAUAACGACUUUGACAACGACGGCGAUGACGACGAUAGUUCUCCAUCUGAUGUUGAAUCAAGUGAUUAA